AUGGCCAAAGCGCGAUCACGACGGAUGCCAUCGGUCGGCUCCAGCGGACCUGGGAACAUGAGCUACUCGCGGAAUGCCGCGCCCGUCGCCGCGGAGCUGACCGACGACCAGCGGGCAGAAAUACGCGAAGCGUUCGAGCUGUUCGACACCGACAAGGACGGCGCCAUUGAUUACCACGAACUGAAAGUCGCGAUGCGCGCGUUGGGAUUUGAUUUGAAAAAACCAGACGUGCUCAAGAUCCUCCGUGAAAACGACGCGAGUGGAUCGGGGCUCAUGGAAUGGAAAGAUUUUGAACGUAUCAUGGUCGAUCGCAUUGCCAGCCGUGACCCGCGCGAGGAAAUUCAGCGUGCUUUUUCUCUGUUCGACGACGAUGGGACAGGGAAAAUCAGUGUGCGCAACCUGAAACGCGUGGCCAAAGAACUGGGCGAGAACAUUGACGAGGAAGAGCUCCAAGCGAUGAUUGAUGAGUUCGAUCUGGAUCAGGACGGAGAGAUUGAUGCGCGCGAGUUUGAGCAAAUCAUGAUGGACGACCCGUAG